GUACAGUUUAAUAGAGAUUUUUCCAAUUUGAAAAGUUUUUCGGAUUGUUUACAGUUAUAUUAAAUGAAAUGAUUUGUGAUUCCACGAAAGAAUUACGUGCUCACCGAUGUAUACAGGAUUUGGUUAGUUGAGUAGUAGCUCGAUAUUUAUUAUUUUGCACCCCUUAUUGGGCUUACCUCAUUUAUUUGAGGAAUGAAGCUCAUUUUAGGCUUGUUAAUAUUAUAUAUUUCUAAAGUGACAAAUGAAAAUAUCAAAGAUACUGUUAGAAUAAAAAAAUUUGAAGAAAAUAUUCGAGCUUGGAAUGAAGAAAAGAAAAGGCAUACAAAUAACUGGGCAGUUUUGGUAGAGACAUCUAGAUCAUGGUUUAAUUACAGGCAUGUAGCAAAUGUGUUAUCCAUAUAUAGAAGUAUUAAACGCCUUGGUAUACCUGAUAGUCAUAUAAUUUUAAUGGUUGCUGAUGAUAUUGCUUGUAAUCCUCGCAAUCCUAAACCAGGAACUGUUUAUAAUCAUAAAAAUCAAAAUAUAAAUGUAUAUGGUGAUGAUGUAGAAAUUGAUUACAGAGGCAAUGAUGUGACUGUUGAAAAUUUUAUAAGAGUUUUAACAGGAAGACAUUUCCCUGGGACACCUAACUCUAAAAAAUUGCUCUCUGAUGAAGGAAGCAAUAUCUUAUUAUAUAUGACAGGACAUGGGGGCGAUGGAUUUUUAAAGUUCCAGGAUACGGAAGAAAUAACUAACGUGGAAAUAGCAAACGCGUUCGAACAGAUGCGGGGAAAAAGGAGAUACAACGAAUUAUUUUUCAUGAUUGACACAUGCCAAGCAACCUCUAUGUUCAAGCAUUUUUAUUCUGAGAAUAUUCUGGGAUUUGCGAGUAGUCUUGUUGGAGAAGAUUCCUUAUCCCAUCAUAUAGAUUCAUCUAUAGGCGUUUACGUUAUCGAUCGUUUUACUUAUUACAUUCUUCAAUUCCUCGAGAAAGUUGAACCCAAUUCUAAGGCCACGAUGCAUCAAUUAUUUAAAGCAUGUCCGAAGCGAAAAUGCGGUUCAACUGUUGGCAAUAGAACCGAUCUAUAUCCGACCGAACUCAAAAAGGUUCCCGUUACUAAUUUUUUCGGCAGCAAUCGUCAAAUAAUUUUUCUCCCAGGACCGCAAGAAUUAUUAUAUUACCUGUCGCUUAACGAGGAACUCAUUUGACAAAUUUUAAACCCGCGAAUGGUGACAAAGAACAGCGAUAUCUCUUUUUUUAUUAAAUUUUUAAUAUCUCAAAUAUAAUUUAAGCGGGAGUUCUUAAUUUAUUUAAAUAUCUUGGUAAAAAAAUUCUUUUGUAUAUUCUCUCAGUAACGCCAAUCAUUUUCCAAUAUAUAAUUCUAGAAAACGAUAUUGAUUGGCAUCAAUUGCAAAAUAGGAAGAUCCUUAAAUAUUACAUGAUCCAGAAAUCAGAAUUUAAGUCCAGAACCUAAAUCAUAAUCGAAUCAAAUAUAAAAACUAGAACCCACUUCCCUUCCCCCCCCCCCUUUAAAAAAAAUUAGUCUCCUCUGGGAUUACAAAUUUUGAUGUAAAUGUCAUAAUUUAUAAUGAUAGAUAACGAUUAGGGUGUUAAAAAUAAAUGACGAAUUACGUUAAUAAAUUUAUAAAGAAGUAACUUACA